AUGCCUCGCGGAGCUGAAUACGACAACGGCGUCCCCCAGAGCGACAACGCCAUCGACGCCGGCCAGAACAAAGUCCACGGCAUCAACCCCGCCAACGACCAUCUCGGCCGCGUUGACCACACCGCGCCCCUCCCAGAUGUCCCUGCCGGCAGCCAGAUGAGCUUCGGUGCCGCGCCAGGCCACUCGAGCGGGAAGGGCGGGCAUGAGCCGCACUCGCUGGGGGAGAAGAAGGGGCUGGGGGCGCAUAAGGCUUAG